CAAACCUACUACACUCAUCUCAACAUCUUCCUCCCGCACUCAACACAUAAACUCAUGUCUUCUUACUCCUCGUUCGCAGUGAUCGGUGCAGGCACUCUCGGUGGCCCAAUCCUCGCCGCCCUCGCCGCCCAGCCCUCAGCAAAAGUCAUCCUCCUCUCCCGCAGCGCAGCUAAGACGGUCCCGGCGAACGUCAAGGUCGUCCAAGUUCCGGCGUACGACGACGUCCCCGCGGUCGCCGCCGCGCUCAAGGCGCAUAGGGUCGAGGUGAUCGUGUCGACGCUGACCACUGAAGCCAUCGCUGCGCAGUCACCUCUCAUUGACGCGGCACAGAGGGCUGGCGUCAAGCUGUUCGUGCCGUCUGAGUUCGGCACGUCGACGGAGGGACAUACGGAGGGUCCAUUUGGCGAAAAGAACAAGAUCAUAGAAAAGCUCCAGAGCGUCGGCGUGCCAUAUCUCCGUAUCUUUAACGGAUUGUUCAUCGAAUUCGCGACCUGGACCGUGAACUACAACGCCGAGGCCAAGAAGCUGUACGUGAUCGGCAAAUCGGAGGGUCCCGUGUCGGCCACGUCCAUCGGAGAUGUUGCUGGCUAUCUCGCGCACAUCCUGACGCACCAACCUUCCUUCAUCCUCGCAAACAGGAUUCUGCGCAUCGAGGGCGACCGCAUCCCGGGCUACCGCUCCCUCGGGCCGCUCUUCGGAGCGAAAGUCGAGACGGUCGAGAAGUUGGAAGGAGAGAUGUCCGAUCUCAAGGCGUCCCUGAUGAGCCUCGCUGACCAGGGUCUCGCGACCACGGGCUGCGGCGUCAAAGGCGUGUCUGACGAGGAGGCGUCUAAGAGUGGGAACGCACUGUGGCCGGAACACCAGUGGAAGACGGUCAAGGAUGUGUUCGGUCUCUAGUCUACGGAAAACAGUUAGUCGAGGUACAAGCGUAAAUGUCAGACUUGCCGAAAAGCUUGUGAAACCCGCAUGUCGGAGUUUGAAUUUGGCUGAUCGGGUGGGCCAUUCCGCCUGAUGUGAUCACAACGACAGGCUCGUCGAAUUCUUAUUGUACCAUGGGAUGGCU